GAGCGAGCGAUGGAGAGAGCGACGUAAGGCGACGAGAUCACGGGACGAGUGGUGGCUCGCGCGGAGUGCGAGCGAGCGAGCGUGUAAGCGAGAGCUUUGGACAUUGAUUAUUAUUUCUUCUUUCUCGUUGUUCAGGACGGAAGUUGAAGUGUUGAAGAAAAGGCUUGAGCAGCGAGCGAGCGAGCGAGCGUCCUGUGAAGAGAGAGAGAGAGAGAGAGAGAGAGAGAGAGAGAGAGAGAGAGAGAGAGAGAGAGAGAGAGAGAGAGAGAGAGAGAGAGAGAGAGAGAGAGAGAGAGAGAGUUGCGAGAGAGAAGUUGUUAGAGUGCAAGAUCAGAGAAGAGGACGAGUGCAAACAGAGAUUUCGACUAGACGAGACGAGGCGUGACACCGGAGUGCUGCCGUGUAGAGUGAGAGAGACAGAGCCUGGCCUGACGGGGGAUGUGGAUGCCGUGAAGGAAAUCCCGGACGACGAAAAGUCAGAGAGCAGGGAGCAGCGGAGGAAGAAGAGACGAGAGAGUGAGAGGUUCGAGAUACCGCCUCUCAGAAGUCGUUGAUUGCGAGCGCAGACGGAAGAGGCAGACCAAGAAGUGGAGAGAAGGCGGAGGAGAAGGAGCGAUUUUGUCGAACAUAAACAGGAGCCCCGGCUCUCUCGAGCCCACGCCGCGGAAGACAUUGAAUUCCAGAGCGGCCACGGAGACGGGGGCAGUGCGCGAGGGAAAUAAGUCGCAGUACUGGAGUUACGUUUUAGUCUGCACCUGGCUAGCGUGGAUUCGUUCUUGCUUAGUUGCAGGGGCCCUCCAGGCGGACGCACUGAGAAUGGCUUGAGGAAAGGAUUUGGUCUCGGGGUUUUAUGCUAUGCUUCGGCAUGGAGCUGGUGAGGUGAUCCAGUAGAUACGAUCACUGAAGCGUGGUUCAGAGUCGAGUUGCGAGUGCUGGUUUAGUGAUAACGCGAGCCACCGCAGAUCUAAAAUUGGACGGGACCCCGUUGCAGUUUUGCCGAUUAAGAGGGAGCGAGCGAUUUCAUGAGGGAAGUGGCGUCCCCGCCACAUGCUUUGUGACAGGCGCUUGCAAAUCGAUCGGCAAGAAUGGCAGGGGUUUUAACGGACGCGCUGUAACUUCAUAGUUUUCUGAAGCUGAAAUACCUGGCAGACGCCGUGUGUACUCCUUAUUUGAGAACUCGUUGAGUGUGUCUGAACUUUUUGUGCUCUGGAUGAAAGUGAAGCCAUAUGCGAGAAGGGUAGACGAGGUGUUAGAGUUUGAUGUCGGCAGAUUGGGACGCAUCACCAUGGUCUUGCGCAGUUGGUCCAAAAUCCGCCAAAGCGGGCACCGUCCCCCAGGAUGACCACUCGAGUGUACCUGCGUUUGUUCUCACCCCGCAACGUAGCCCGAAGAGUGCUGCGAAGUGCUUGAAGCCAGAGAAAUGGCGGGCCGCAUUCGAUCACGAAGGCAGGCCUGUUGGCUUUCAGAAGCUUCUGAAGUGUAUCGCGUUAGGGGGUGUGGACCACUCCAUUCGUGCCGAAGUGUGGGAGUUCCUGCUUGGUUGUUAUGCACUUUGCACUACAACCGAAUAUCGGAAGGAGCUUCGUGCAGCACGAAGGGAACGCUACCAAAAGUUAAUCGAGCAAUGUCAGCAGAUGCAUCCAAGUAUUGGUACAGGAACUUUAGCCUACACUGUAGGUUCCAAAGUUAUGGAUGUUAGAAUUAUGUCUAAAGACAGUGCCCGGAAAGAAGCUAAGCUGAUCAACUUAGAAGUUAAAGAAACUUCAGAAGAGAAGGCUGUUUUGCGUACCACGGUAGAUGAUAACCCUGGCAGUCCAAAAUUUGACACCUCAGGUGAUUUUGGGACCUCUCAAAUCGAGGUGUCAGGUGGGUUUGAUUCCGUGUACAAAUAUACUGGUCCAAGCCACGAAGCUGCUGAGCCGACGAGAGUCGACAUCCAUGAGGAUCUGUAUGGGAUGCCAGUGACGAAUUUGUUUGGUCCUGCCGAGCGGGAUGAAACAGACGCCAGAGACAAUGGUCUGGACGACACGUCGACCAGUUUUGGCAGAGAACAUUUACCAGGGCAGGUGGAUUCAGAUAGUGUAGGAGAAAUUGAGCCAGGAUUUAGGAGCAGUAGGGAUGUAAUUAGAACGGCCGCUGAAAAUAAGCCUAAAAGGCUAUUUGCCACUGAUGUAGGACCUCUAAGUUGGCCUGCGGGUUCUAUGAAGAGGAUUAAAAGCAGGCUCGUGAGAGAUAGAAGGAAAAAAGAAAGGACAAUGAAAAUCGGGGACUCAACACGAGGGUUGAUACAGGAUGUACAUACUAGACAGAGCAGAAAGCAACAGGAAGCUUACGCACCCGUCAAAGAAGACUCAGUAGGGCCUGAAAACUUGCCCGAUCCGGUGGUUGCUCUUGGGAAAAAUGCUAACGAAGAGAGAGUCGCAGAGUGGCUCUGGAUACUGCACAGAAUUGUGGUGGAUGUUGUGCGGACCGACCGACAUCUUGAGUUCUAUGGGGACGCCAAAAACAUGGCCCGCAUGUCAGACAUACUUGCAGUUUACGCCUGGAUAGACCCAGCUACUGGCUAUUGUCAAGGCAUGAGUGAUUUAUUGUCACCCUUCAUUGUUUUGUUUGAAGACGAUGCCGAUGCAUUUUGGUGCUUCGAGAGCCUUCUCAGACGAGUGCGGCAAAAUUUCCAGAUGGAGGGCCCCGUCGGUGUAAUGAAGCAACUGGAAGCAUUACCCAAGAUACUGGAGGUGGCAGAUCCUCAAAUGCAUAGACAUCUGGCUGCAAUCGGGGCGGACAAUUUUUUGUUUGCCUUCCGUAUGCUAUUAGUACUAUUUCGACGAGAACUUUCAUUUGGGGAGUCACUCAGCUUAUGGGAAAUGAUGUGGGCCGCCGACUUCAACCAAGCCAUGGCCUGGGCCUUGGAGUAUAACUGCUUAGAUGCUCUUGUAUUAAGUAUACCCCCACCGUUCUUCAAUCCAGACAGCAGAAGAGGCGAUGACGCUGGCUACCAUGACACCCCUCACUUGUCUUUUGCAUCACAGUACGGCUGCAGUCCGCACCGAGAUUAUCCUUCUGCCGAGGGUGCACUCCCUAAUUCAAGCACGUUUGGAGGAAAUUUCCUUGCAAGAAGCCCAUUUUGUGGCCUCAGACCUGGAGCCCUCCUAACAAAAAACCGUCACAGGAUGCCAACCGUGAGCACCCUGUUAGGGAAAAAUGGCGACGAGGAGCUGUCUGUUUUCUGUGUUGCGGCGAUUCUUGUGCAGAAUCGAAACAAGUUGCUGAAGGAGGUUCAAUCAAUGGAUGAUGCUAUUAAAAUGUUCAACGACAUGAACCUCACAAUACGUGUUCAUAGCAGCAUGCAUACAGCCAUCAAGCUGCGGAAGAAGUACCGUAGUAGGGUAAGGUCUUCUACCAUCGGGGCAAAGUUUUCACUGCAAUAAGUAUUUGGCGUGAGACUUCAUAUUAUGGGAGUACUUUUCUACCGUAAGAGAGUUUGUGCUGGAGGCGCAAGGGUGUUGGUCCUGUUCACCACUGUACUCCUGUAAUCCAUCCGUCAGACAAGUAAACAAUUUCUUUCUGCAAGAUGAAGACCCAUGUCUUUGUGAUUUCUCCAUUGGGAUAUUGAUCUGAACUUUUGAACAGAAGGAAAUACUGUAACCUGGGAAAGAAGGUUUCCUUGUCUGAUUGUGUUGGUCCAAAAAGGAUUUAAUUCAGAUGGCCAAACAUGUCAUUCUGGAAGUCUUGACGGAACACUGAUCUUCUCCAUCUAGUCAUGAAGCGUGACGAGUCAAGCAGCAGUUUGUACCUAGAUUUAUUGUACAGGACCUGCUUGCCUUCUUUAGUUAUUCUUUUGACGGGGCCAAUAAAUAUGUAGAUCGCUUGUGGAUGUAGUGUGUCAUACAUGCGUUCCUUAUCAAGAUUAGGUAGCCGAAUCUGUCGAAAAGUGUUGUACUUAUCACACACACGACACCUUCCGUUGUAAGCCUUUUGUAUCACGAACAUAGCUCUCUCGCUCUUAUUUUAAUGCGUACAUCAAGGAGAAUCAACGCGACCAGCACCUCGUAGAAUGCUGGCGAAUGCAUAUUUCUCUUGUGAAUUUGGAUUCUUGUUUCUGAUU